UAAUCACAUUUUUUCUGCAAUUCUUUCAAUCUCUGUUCUGCUAUAAAUAUUUGAUUCCGAGUCCAAUCUCUACCUCAACAUCAUUCUCACAAAUCUCAUUUCUCUCGAAGUUGUGACCUUUACGGUAAUAAAGCUUCGGACUUAUCUCUCUAGCUCCCCUCCUUCCCCUCCUCUCUGGUCGUUUCGUUUAGGGAAGUGCCAAUUCUUACCCUUCUUCUUACCCAUCUCUCUAUCUAUUAUUAAUGUUUGGGACUCUCGCUUCCGGAGAUAUCGAAACCGCCAGAUUGAGGCGUAAUUUGGGGGUAACACGCAAUUUAGGGUUUUCCUGCGGUGGAUUUGAGGACCUGGGUAUGAGAUUGGAAGGCGACAACAUGAAGCCACAAGGAGAAGGUGACGAAGAAGAAGAUGAAGAAACGGCGUCGUUUGAGAUUCAGCAGCAUCCGUUUCAGCAGACGCAGAAGCUUGUUGUUGGGUAUGCUCUCACUUCCAAGAAGAAGAAGAGUUUCUUGCAGCCCAAGCUUGAACUCAUGGCUAGGAGAAAAGGCAUUUGCUUUGUCGCCAUCGAUUUGAACCGUCCACUUUCUGAACAAGGACCAUUUGAUGUUGUUUUGCAUAAGUUACUGGGAAAAGAGUGGCAAGAGGUUAUUGAGGAUUAUCAGCAGACACACCCGGAAGUGACUGUGCUUGAUCCUCCAAGUUCAAUCCAGCGUAUAUAUAACCGACAAUCGAUGCUUCAGGGCAUGGCGGAUUUGAAGCUCUCUGAUUGCAGCGGCAGCAUGUUUGUUCCAAAGCAAAUGGUUGUCUUGAAAGAUUCAGCCUCUAGUGCCGAUAAAGUUGUGGAAGCUGGUCUUAAAUUUCCACUAGUUGCGAAGCCACUCUGGAUCGAUGGAACUGCAAAGUCACACCAGUUGUUCUUAGCUUAUGAUAGGCGCUCGCUUGCAGAACUUGAUCCGCCUUUAGUCUUGCAAGAGUUUGUUAACCAUGGUGGAGUUAUGUUCAAGGUUUUUGUGGUUGGUGAUAUCAUAAAAGUUGUGAGACGGUUCUCUCUGCCAAAUAUAAGUAACUGCGACAAAGCCAAAGUUGAAGGCGCCUUCAAAUUCCCGAGGGUUUCAUCUUCUGCUGCUUCAGCGGAUAACGCAGACUUGGACCCUAGUGUUGCUGAGCUGCCUCCAAAGUCUUUCCUCGAGGCCCUUGUGAAAGAGCUACGAACCUUACUGGGACUUCGGCUUUUCAACAUAGACAUGAUCAGAGAACAUGGGAGCAAGAACGUGUUUUAUGUUAUCGACGUCAAUUACUUUCCUGGUUAUGGAAAGAUGCCAGAUUACGAGCAAGUGUUUGUAGACUUCUUCCAAAACCUGGCGCAGGCCAGACAUAAGAAGAGACAUUGUAAAUGAAGAAAGCUUGGAGGAGAGGUAUCAGACUGAUGUUGGUGGUGGUGAUAAGAAUAAUAUGACUAAUUAUGGAUUUGUAUAGAAUUAGCUCUCCCUUUUUGGAAGGCUCUAUCAGAUAACAAGUUUUUGAUUAGUGUUUCUGAAGUUUUUUUUUUAUAUAUAAUUUAUAGACAAGUUGCAUUGUAGUACUCAUUUCAAUCAAAAUCCUCAGUUUCGGUUUAGCUAUAUAAACCAAACCAA